AUGGCCGGUGGCGCCUUCGUGGUGAACGAUGGCCCCGUCCCGGACUACGGCGGACGCCUGACGCUAUCGGUGCUCAUGACCUGCUUCGUGGCCGCCUCCGGUGGCCUCAUCUUCGGCUAUGACAUCGGCAUAUCAGGCGGCGUGUCGCAAAUGGAGCCGUUCCUGCGGCGGUUCUUCCCGCACGUCCUGGAGAAGAUGGCGGUGGCGAAGCACAACGACUACUGCCUCUACGACAGCCAGGCGCUCACGGCCUUCACGUCGUCGCUGUACAUCGCCGGCCUGCUGGCGUCGCUCGUGGCUAGCCGCGUCACCAAGGCCAUAGGGCGGCAGCGCGUCAUGCUCGUGGGCGGGGCGCUCUUCUUCGCCGGCGGCGCCAUCACUGGCGCGGCUAUGAACAUCGCCAUGCUGAUCAUCGGGCGCAUGCUGCUCGGCUUCGGCGUCGGCUUCACCAACCAGGCGACUCCUGUAUUCCUGUCCGAGAUGGCCCCGACGCAGUGGCGCGGCUCCCUUACCGCCGGCUUCCAGAUCUUCCUCGCCCUCGGCGUCCUCAUCGCCAACCUCACAAACUACGCCACCGCGCGCAUCUCCUGGGGCUGGCGCCUCUCCCUGGGUCUCGCCGGCGCGCCGGCUGUGAUCAUCUUCCUGGGCGCCCUCUUCCUCACGGACACCCCCAGCAGCCUCGUCAUGCGCGGCAAGGCCGACGAGGCCCGCGCCGCGCUCGUCCGGGUGCGCGGGGCCGGCGCGGACGUGGACGCGGAGUUCCAGGACAUCCUGCGCGCCGUGGAGGUCGCGCGCGAGAGCGAGGAAGGCGCGUUCCACCGGAUGGCGACGAGGCGCGAGUACCGCCCUCACCUGGUGCUGGCCGUGGCCGUGCCCAUGUUCUUCCAGCUCACCGGCGUCAUCGUGCUCUCCUUCUUCGCGCCGCUGGUGUUCCGCACCGCCGGGUUCGGCAGCAACGCCGCGCUGAUGGGCGCCGUCAUUCUCGGCGGCGUGAACCUGGGGGCCCUCAUGCUCUCCACCCUCGUCAUCGACCGGUACGGCCGCAAGGUGAUGUUCAUGGUCGGCGGCAUCCAGAUGAUCAUUGCCCAGGUUGCGAUGGCAUGGAUCAUGGGCGCGCAGGUGGGGAAGAGCGGCGACGCGCCGAUGGCGAGGCCGUACGGGGUCGCGAUCCUGGUGUUCACGUGCAUGCACGCCGCCGGGUUCGGGUGGUCGUGGGGGCCGCUGGGGUGGGUGGUGCCGGGCGAGAUAUUCCCGGUGGACAUCCGGUCGGCGGGGCAGGCCAUGAACGUGUCUAUCGGCCUCGGCCUGACGUUCGUGCAGACGCAGUCGUUCCUCCCGAUGCUCUGCAGCUUCAAGUACGCCACGUUCGCCUACUACGCCGGCUGGGUCGCCGUCAUGACCGUCUUCAUCGCGCUGUUCCUGCCGGAGACCAAGGGCGUGCCGCUCGAGUCCAUGGGCACCGUCUGGGUCAAGCACUGGUACUGGAAACGGUUCGUGCAGCCGCAAGCAAAAAGCGCCGACGCACUCACCUAG